AUGUCCGUAACUCUUCGCCAGCAUUUCUGGAAAACUAAAUUAUGCCCUCUGCAUAUGGAAAAUAGGUGCAAAGAAGGAGAUAAUUGUGACUAUGCUCAUUCGAUUGAAGACUUAAGAUCAAUUCCAGAUUUGAAAAGAACAAAACUUUGUUAUAAGUUGUUAAAAGGAGAAAAAUGUUUUAAUAAAAAAUGUAAUUAUGCUCAUAACCAAGAUGAAUUAAAAUCUGCACAAAAUUUAUUUGCAUAUAAGUCUUCUAUGUGUAAAUUUGUAGCUAAUAAAACUUGUUUAAAUGGAUCUACAUGUCGUUUUGCUCAUACCAUUGAUGAACUAAGAGUUCCAAGAAUUCCAGAAAUUUUAUUAGAAAAAAGUAAUACCGAGUUAGUUGGAGAAAACGACUUAACAACUUUUUUAGAUAAUGGGAAUAUAAACGAAACGAAUAAUAAUAGAAUGUCAAUGAAUAAUGACAAUGACAAUAAUAAUAUUAUAGAAAAUAGUAGUAAUAACAAUUGCAAAAAAGGUAGUAUUAUGAAUACAAACAGCAAUGAUAGUAAUAACAAUGAAAGGUAUAACAGAGACAAUUUUAACAAAAAUUUUGAUAUGAUGCUAAACAGUUUUAAAGUAAUGAGUAUAGCAAACAUUGAACAUGGGUACAAUAACACAAACUGUAUGAAAGUGUAUAACCAUAAUAAUAUAAAUCAUAUGAACGGAAAUAAUGGACUUCAUAACAAUAGAGGAGAAAGGAAAAAAAAAAAAAAAAAUAGAAACAGAAAUAAAGAAAAACAAUUAAAAUUAAAAAACUUUAAUUAUAAUAAAUACAUAGAACAUAACAGUAAAAAUAAAGACGCAACUAUAAAUGGCAGUGGCAUGACUUCUAUUAAUAAAAACAUGGGUGAACAAAAUAAUUUUUUCGAUAGCGAUACGACAAUUUCGCCAAGUUUCAAUUAUGUAGAGGAUGAAAAGAAAAGUAGUACAGUGAACGAAAUUGAUGAUGUGAGUGCAGUGAGUGAAGCGAAUGUAUCUAAUGAAGUGAAUUUAGUCGACGAAGCGAACGCAGCCUACAUUAACAAUACUUUCGAGAUAGUGGACAUUAAUCAGUGCUAUGGAAAGACUGAGGAGAGUAUUGGGGGAGACACAAUGGUGAAAAAUAGUACAAAUGAUAGUAACAAUAGCGAAAAUGAUAACAUUAAUUAUAGUAAUAAGGAAAAAGGAAUUAAUAAAAGUAGAAGCAGAAAAAAAAAUGGCGCUAGAAGUCAUAAUGAUGAAAAAAAUAAAAGCAAUUCUGUUAUAUUAAAUAAAAUAAAUUAUGAACACAAUAAUGAACAAAUAAUGAAUAAUUCAGAAAAACAAUUUAAUUAUAUAGACUACAAUUAUAAUUAUGCAAACCCAUUAUUAUAUAACAAAAUGAUGCAAAUGAAAUUUAAUACCUUUAAUCCUUAUAUGAGCUAUAACCAAACAAAUAAUAAAAUGGGCAAAAAUGAAGCUGCUAUGUCUAAUCCUCAUUCUCAGUUCACAAAACCAUAUGAAUAUUACCUCUACAAUCAUCAAAAUAAUAUAUCAUAUAUGCCCCCCAAUUAUUAUGCCAACUAUUUAUAUUAUUACGCAAACCCAUACAACUAUAGUCAGUUUACAAUGAUGGAUAAAAUGAAUAAUGACACUGCUUCCGAGAAUGUGAACCCUCAGAAUAGCACAAAAAUGGAUGCACUGAUAAAAAAUGCACAUUCGCAAGAAGUAGAUGAAGAUUAUGAUAAUAAUAAUGAUGGUAAUGAUGAUAGUGAUGGUGAAGAUGAUAACGAUGGUGAUAAUGAUAACGAUGGUGAUAAUGAUAACGAUGGUGAUAAUGAUAACGAUGGUGAUAAUAACGAUGGUGAUAAUAACGAUGGUGAUAAUAACGAUGGUGAUAAUGAUAACUAUGGUGGCAAUGAUAAAGAUGGACGUGAAAAUGGAUUCGAUAAGAGAGGGGAGGAGAAGGAGGAGAACAUCUAUAGGGAGAUUUAUGAAGAGGAAAUGACUACCUCUGAGAAAGGGACAGUUGAGGAGUCAUACGAUGAAGAGAAGUAUGACAAAAAGAAGCACAAAAAUGGGGUACAUGUUGAGGAGAAACACAACAUAGGGUUAUAUGAAGAAGAGAAAAUUGAAGAAGAGACAUACGUUGAUGAUAAACACGGCAAGAGGAUUUACAAAGAAGAAAUGUUUAAGGAAAAAGUGCAUACGGAGAAAGAACUAACAGAUGAGGAGUCAUACUUCAAGGAAGCUAUAGAUGAAGAAGCAAACAUUGAAGGAGCGAACUAUUAUGAUGAUGUAUUAAACCAUCAAAAAAGUAGUAGAACAAAAUGUACAUACGAAACUGAAUUUAAUGAUAACAGAAAUACAAUGAACAAUAACCAUGAUUAUACUACUGUGAAGAUAAGAGAUAAAAAGGAUAAUACGGAUAAAAAUAAGGGUACUUAUAUAAAAAAUAUUACACAUAAAAAUACAAAUGAUAGUACAAUAAGGAAAGAAAAACAAAGUAAUGCAAACAGAGAAGAAAAAUCAUAUGAAGACAUAAUAAAGAUAGAGUUAACGGACGACCAUAAAAGGGAGAACAACAAACCAAAAAAAAAAAAAAUAUCUAAACUAGUUUCACUAAAGGAUGAAAAAAAUAAUUACGGCAAAGAUAUUCAUUUAGGUGAUUAUGAAAAUGCAAAUAACAGAAAAAAAAGUAAAGGAAGUAAGAAAAAUACAAGAAAUAUCAAAAGUUUUCAAAAUGCUCAACAUGUUCAUACUGUCCCAAAUGUUCAACAACAAAAAGUUCCUUUAAACCCUUCCUCAGUGUACAGCUAUAUUCUAAAUGCAAAUGACGCACAAAACGUGAGUUUUGAAAAUAAAUUUAUGAAACCACCAGCUAAUGCAAUGGACAUGUACCUCAACAGUCAAUAUCAUAUGAAUCAUCUAGCUAAUGAGCAAAUGAUUUAUAACUUAAAUAAUAGACACUAUGGCUAUUAUUAUUGUCCUCCCCCUCCCACUUCAGUAUAUUGUGAUGAGGUGUACUUAAACUAG